CCCGAUUCUUCAGUGGACUGUCGGCAAGACGGGUUGCAUGAUUGAGGCCAAUAGUCAGUCGCAUAGAUCAAUACAUUAUACCAAUACGAAAGCUGAUUGCUUCUUGUGGAAAUAAUAAAGUGAGAACUCAUUCUAUUAUUAAAUCCUUGGAAAUCGGGCACAUUGAGGACGUGGAAUGAUGAAUUAUAUCAUAUUGGCGACCGUUUUUUCCAUGGUUUUCGCCGAAAAGUCACCUCGGCUGAAAUUCAUUGUAAAAGAGCCGGCCAGGUAUCACUUCUCCAAACCGGAGAACUACAUGUCAGUGUACCACCAGGAGGGCACCAACGUGCUGUACGUGGGGGGCCAGACAGUGAUCUACGUGCUGACGUUCACUGACAGGGGGGUCCGCGACCUGCAGAUCCCUGUGGUAACUGAUGAAAGCGCAAAGGCAGCUUGCAUCGCUAAAUCAGACCCACCAAAGUUGGAGUGCGACAAUUUCAUCACAGUCAUCCAGAAAGUCAAUGACACUUUUGUGGUAUGCGGGACAAAUGCAGGAACCCCCAAAUGCUGGCUGCUGGUAAAUGACACUGUGUUGACUGACGCCCCCACCAAUGGACAGAUGGCACCAGCCUCUGACAUCUCCCCUCCCUACCCCUCCCAGAGGUCCGUCAGUUUGUCUGCAGAUGGGAAUCUAUACUCUGCUCUGUCAGCAGUGGGGCGUCACCCUGGCUCUAUCCGCCGGACCUACGGCACUCAGAAGCUUCUGAAGACUGAGACCAAGUGGCUGCAGAGCCCCCAGUUUGGUGGAGCAGCAGUAAUACCAGCCUCUCAAAAACACAAGGAGGAGAUCUACUUCUUCUUCAGUGAGAUCAAUAAGACGGCCAUGGUGGAUGAGGAGCCCUACAGGUCGCGCAUAGGCCGAAUCUGCAUGGUGGACGAGGGGGGUAUAAAGAACCUGCUGGCGGACUCGUGGACUACCUUCCUGAAGGCCAGGGUGAUAUGUGGUGCGGGUAGCACCCCCCAGCAGUACAACAACAUCAGACAGGCCUUUGUGCUGUCUGAAGUGGCCCAGGAGAAGAGGACCGGGGUCAUGUACGGCCUGUUUGCCAACGCCUGGGACACAACAGUGAUAUGUGCUUACUCCAUCGAGGACAUUGACCAGGCCUUCGCCACGUCCAAACUGAAGGGCUACAGCAGUCCUCUGAUUGGACAUCGCCCUGGCACAUGUGCCUUCAAGAACUCCACGGCAGCCCACAACCCUAAGAUCCUGGGGGUGAUCAGGGACCACCCGGAGAUCGAGGACGUGAUUCGUCCGGUCGGGGGUGCUCCGCUGAACCUGCCCACCGACGAUCACUUCACACACACUGUCGCUGCCAUGGUGCUGGCAGUCAACGACGAGCACUAUACUGUGCUGUACCUGGGAACAGAACAGGGGAAAGUGCUCAAGGUUCUGCACACUAUCGAGGAGGCCUUUAUCAUAUCCCAGUACUCCCUCUUCCACAAUGAGGGUCCUGUUCUAAGCAUGGCCAUCGACUCUAGGAAGGGCCACCUUUAUGUGGGCACGGCAAUGGAGGUCCAGCGCAUACCAUUGGCUGACUGCGGUCGCUAUGGAGACAGUUGCCGGGAGUGCAUUCUGUCUCGGGAUCCCUAUUGUGGUUGGGAUGCAGCCAGGAGGAGGUGCACACCCAUCCCAGCUGGAUACAACAUCAGCACUGGGGCACUCACUCAGAGUCUGGACCACUCCAAUGCCUCUAUCUGUGGUGAAGCUGCUGCACUGAAGACCCAUAGGACAAACCCCAAACAGGUGGUGAUUGACUCGGAUGGCCCCGUCAACCUCCCCUGCCCCGUGCGCUCCUUUCACGCCACCUACCGCUGGGAGAAGGACAACUGUAUCCAGCACUACCCCUGCUUCAUCAUUGGAGACUCCUGUGUGCUGGAACCCACCCCUGGCCUGCCCCUUAAGCAGGGGGUGUUCCGCUGCAUGGCCACGGAGAACGGCUACAAGGUGGAGGUGGUCUCCUACAGGCUGGUGAUCAACAGUGGGCCUCUGCCUGCCUCCCUGGCCUCCACCCUGGGGCCCUCCCUCCUUCUUGCUGCAGCCACCCUCUGGCUCCUGUAACCAUUGCAAAUGCUAAAGCUAACCCCUUAGCCUCUAAGGCCCUCUCUCUGACAGACAGGAGAGGAGGGGCCACCAUACCCAGGUUCGGUUCGCAGAGCAUUGAUAUUAAUGGUUGGGUAAUGCGAUCAGUGUUGCCCGCAGAGACUGUUUUCAGAAAAAGUGUUUUUAAAUUUAUUUUCCGUUGUUCAGAAAAUGCCUGAAAAUAAACCAAGCCAUUUAUUUUUAAAUAAUAUAUGGGCCUCCCAUACUAACUAAUACUGUACUGUUUAAACAAAAAAAUACCUAAAACAAACUCAAAAUACAUAACAUUUAAACUCAAUUAAUACAUUAACAUCAAUAUGGGUUUUAUGGAAAGACAAACUAUAUUACCAUGUCUUAUUCUGAAUUUUAAAUACAGAUUCAAACCACAAGAUAUGCUUUGCGAACCUUGCCUGUCCACCCAAGAGAUGACAUCUCAUGAGUUGUGUUAAAUACAAUACCAAGCCAAUUUCUCUUUAUGGUUUCUCAACUUAUUUUGAAACUUGAUUGUGCUUCUUUGUGAAUAUUUGAAGCUUGAAUACUGCUCUAACAUCUAAACAUCCUGUUGAAUGUCAUAAGUAUAGGCUAGUAUUUAGAAAAUGUCUGGUAUUGAGUAAAAAACAAAAAGCCUUAACAAUUCUGGGACAUACCCCCUAAGCACAAUUUGCUGUGAAAGCAUAACUGCUCAAUUGUGUUGACUUGAAUCUGUGAAUGAGGUGGCCAAGUCUUACUUUGAUGCUGGGAGGAAGUGUCAUCAUUUUGACAAGAAGUCAUCUUUUUGACAGGAAGUAGGUAGAAGAGCGUGAGCUCAUCCUCGAACGUCACUGUGUCUCGGCAAGUCCUCUGCAGUAAAGGCAGUUUUUGCAUCAUUUUAAUGGACAGUAUCAGACAUUCAUAUUAUGCUACUUCAUUUUCAAUAAACGUAAGUUCAGUAAACAUCAUUCAUUGGCAGGUGAGGCCAAAUUAGAAUUGAGUAGAUGACAUGUAGAGUUAGUUGCAUUUUGUAGUUUGCUAAAUAUGAGAAAAAGCUUGUGAUUAUAUGAGUACCGUGUGUUAAGUAUUUUAUUGCUCCACAAAUGCUGAUUUCCACCAUUGCUGCCUAUGAAAGUUAUUCUUGACGGUUCAAGGUUUUAUACUGUACGGAAGUCAUGAAAGGACAUAUGAAUAAAAUAAAAUAAAUCCUUGUUAUGUUGAGAUAACAACUUAUUUAUCUCAUGAUCACGACAUAACAAACAUUUUGCAGAGGUCACAAGAUUAACUCUACAAAUAGGAGUAGACGCAUUGAUGAUAGAUUGACAGCAUGGCUGAGGCGGUAGAGCCCACAGUGGAUCAGCGCAUAUGUUUUGAUCGAUUGCUACACUAAGGGAUGCUACAUUUCAUGCUAACAUAUCAGUCAUUAUCAGUUUAUAAAUUAGAAUGUUAGCCAGCUAAAUGUCCCUUACCUUGAACAAAGAGCUCUUGGGGCAUCUAAGCCUUCAUGGGGCAUUUGAGUCUUGAAUGAUGCCUGACAGGCUGGCCUGUCUCUGAGACUGUAUGCCACCCCCAAGACCACAGGCAAUCGCAUGCAAGCAAC